UUUUUAUUAAAAUUUAAAUCAAAGAUGAAUAAAAUUAAUAUAUUAAAAAAUAAUAAAAGCAUUGUCGAGCUAUACUCAUGGGGCAGUGGGUGGAGUGGUCAAUUGGGUUUGGGAAAAAAUAUUAUUGAGCAAUAUAUACCAAGAAAAGUAGAGUUUGCAAAUGAUGAAACCUUACAAUCAAAUGAUAAAGUUAAAACUGGAUCAUAUCACGCAUUGUUAAUUAAAGGAAAUAAAUUUUAUAGUUGGGGUCAAAAUAAUUUUGGACAAUUAGGUAUUAGCGAUUUAAAUGAUAGAUUCACACCAACAUUAAACAACAAUAUAGCAAAUAAAGAUAACAACAUUAAAAUUUUAGAUGGUGAAUGUGGUGCAUUUCAUUCAAUUUUAUCAGCUUAUGAUAGUUCAAAAGAUAUAUAUAAAACAUAUUCAUUUGGUUGGAAUCAAAGAAUGCAGUGUGGCCAAGAAGGUAAUGAAGGUAUUAUUUCAACACCAACAGAAAUUCAAUUUUUAAAAAAUCAAAAAAUCAAAUCAAUUUCAUGUGGAUUUGACUAUAGCGUUGUAGUUACUGAAGAAGAUAAUGGCAUGUUUUUAUUUGGAAUGAAUGAUAGAGGUCAGUGUAUAUUAGAUGGAGAUAGUAGUAGCAGCAAUCCAAUUCAAAAACCAAAAUUAGUUAAAGAAUUCAAUAAUAUAAAAAUAAAAAAAGUUUCAAGUGGUUGGGGACACACAUUGGUAUUAAGUGAAGACGGUCAACUAUUUUCAUGGGGUUCAAAUCAACAUGGUCAGUGUGGUACAGGUGUAAAGAAUCAAUACUCACCAAUUUCAAAAAUUGAAUUACCAAAUUCGCAACUUAAAGUAUUGGAUAUUUCAUGUGGAUCAUGUGCAUCUGCUGCAAUUUUAUCAGAUAAUAGAGUUUAUAUUUGGGGUUCUGGUGGCGAUGGUAAGUUGGGUCUGGGAGAAAGAAAAGAUGAUCUUUUAAAACCAACUUUAUUAGACACACUAAACGACAAGGUCUCUCAAAUCUCAUUUGGUUCCGAUCAUUGUGUUGCUUUACCAUUACAAAAUAACCCAACAUCAUUCUACGGCUGGGGUUUUGGUCAACAUGGUUGUCUUGGUUUUGAUUCAACAAUUGACAAACUAAAAGUAUUUUCAACUCCUGAAGUCAAUCAUUUUUUCGACUCAAGUAAUAAUAGUAAUAAUUUUAAAUCAAUAAUUUCAAUUCAAUCCUCAUUGGACACAACUUUUGCUUUGGUUGAAAAAAAUAUAUAA